CGAACGGGGAAAUGGUGCAGCGACUGAUGAGUCCCAGUGUGAUGGGGCCGCACCCAAUUGCCAUAACUGCCAGAAGAAAGGGAAAGAGUGCAGAUACCAGCAUGGAGACGAUAAGCGGAAGUAGGUCUCUGUCCAAGUUCCUCUUCCUAUCUGCGCGGGGUUCUGGUUGUGUGGGUGGCACAAUCAGGAGCCGCAUUGAACAGAGUCUCCAUCACCCAGUAUCCAUGCAGUCUCUGAUUGGAGAUAUCUCGUUCUGUAGGUCAUCGUUGCUGACCGUUCCCUCAGAGUGUCACUUCGCGCUGCAACAGAGUUGUUCUCCAUGAGGAUCGAUGAACUCUGCCAAUAUAUCUAUGAUAAAGGGCUAGAACCUCCCCCCAUGAAGCCCGAGGACGAAGCAGCAAUGAACAGGGUUCUAGACACCCUUCAAAUUCCUCGGGGCCAGGCGCAGAAACGUCGGGGUAGUUCAAAGCCUACGGAUGCUACCGACACAUUGUCUAGUGCCUUCCCUUUAUCUUCAAAUCUUUCAAAUAAUACACUGCCGAUCGUGCCACGUGUGGGUGGCAUGGAUUCCCAACCGUCUUCUGUCGCCCCUACCUCGAACAAGCUUACUCUUCCAGCGACAAGUGGGAGAGGUUCUGGCCUGGGGAUGAUUGGUGGAUUCGAAUCGCAAUUGGGUACCUCGAAUUGGAACUUUGCGCUCCCGAACGCGGAGAGUCUAGAUAGUAUAUACGCAAACAUUGAUCGAGCAAGCAGUGGAUCCGCAGACACAAGUGGAGUGACGAGUCCGGAAAGUCUGCCUUUGGGCCAGGAGUUACCGCAGCUGUCUGGAUCUGCACUCGGACAAGGCCAGACUGAUCCUUUCUCCGAGACGGAUAGUGGGGAUGAGGCAGAAAAUGAGGUCAUUGAGCAGCUCUCUUCUCGACUGGGAACUCUGAAAAUAGCGGGAGAUGGACAUCUGCGAUACUACGGGCCGACUUCGAAUCUCAACCUUAUUGAUGUGUCUCCCACCGAGCAGAGACCGCGGCCGGACACCCGGACUGUCCGACAAGAUGGCCAGGAGAUUUUAAACCACCUGCGGAUCGGGCAGGCAGUCGAUCAAGCCCUGGAAGACCAUUUUGUUGAGCUCUACUUUGCCUGGCAGAAUACUAGCUCUCAUGUAGUGGAUCGUGAAGUGUUUUUGGAGGCGAGAUCAAAAUGGAGGAAUGAAUACGACGAUACGCCCUUCUAUUCUGAGGUCUUAACGAAUGCAAUGUGUGCUCUAGGAAGCGCAUUCGAGGCGCGCUAUCAUCCAACAUUCAUCACGUUCCCGAAAUCACUUUCGGAAUUCUUUGCUGAUCGCGCCAAGACUCUGCUUGAAAUCGAGCUGGACUCCCCAUGCGUUGCGACUGUUCAGGCGCUGGCCAUUCUCAGUAGUCACGAAGCAGCUUCUAACCGUGACGCUCGUGGUUGGCUGUAUAGCGGAAUGUCAAUGAGGCUCGCAUUCGACCUCGGUUUGCACAUCGACAUGUCACCAUAUGUUAAGAAGGGAGACCUCAGCGAGCGCGAUGCAGAAGUUCGUGGCAUGGCUUUCUGGGGUAGCUAUAUCGCAGAUCAUUUCUGGGGCUUCUACUUGGGACGACCCUUCCGCAUGAACGCUGGAGAUAUUACAGUACCGAGACCGGCUUCGCACCCUAGUAAGAUGAGGGUUGAAACCUGGUAUCCUUACGGGGCUUCAGAUUCCUCCAAUCUGACGAAGGUCGGUCUGAGGAGUCCAACAGACUUAAUUACCAGACAGUUCGUGCUCCUGUGGGAGAUGAUAUCCCCAGUGGGCCAUAUUCUCUACGGCUGUGCAAAUAUCCCAAAGCAUGACCUGCAAAGAUUGAACUACAAAGUCACCGAAGACCUUUUCGCAUGGAAGCGAAAUCUACCUUCAGAGCUUCAGAUCGAUCUCGACAAUGAUACGGCUCCGCAGUUACCACAUCUCCUGAUGUUACACAUGCAAUAUCAUCAGAUAGUCAUCUUCUUCCACCGUCCAUGGGUCUCGAAGAGCUACAUUCAGCCGUCCAACCCGCGUCAGGGUCCUGGCUACCUCCACGCUCGAAGAAUGUGCAUUGAGUCAGCCACGGCUGUUGCCAAGUUACUUCGCCUAUAUGAGAAGUACUACACCUUCCGUCGUAUCAACAACCAAGUGGUAGCCAUCAUAUUCACCGCUGCCCUAAUGCUUAUAUUUGUCACAAUCUCGACUUCUGCGCAAAGUCCUGGCCGGACAAGUGGCAUCAGUAAACCUGAAAUGGUCGCACACUUGAACGUAUGCUUCCGCGCGCUAGACGAACUGGGGCAGUCAUUUGAUAAUGCAAAGCGAACAAGAGACUUCUUGGUCAGCUUGCAGCGCAGGUGGCAGAACCGCAUGCGCAAGUCCGGCUCAGCAGCUAAGCGUUUGCUGAGUUCAUCUCAGAUGGGACCGCAGAUAAAGACAGGCCCUAGUACUGUGAGCCAGGAGGCUGAUCCGUCAGAAUCGAGGAAAAGGUUUCGAAGCAGUGUAUCCAACGCGAACCAGGAAGCCGCUAUACCGUCGUCCUCUACCGUUCCCGUUGCGUCUGCUGGCGCCCUUCCCAGACAUCAGCAACCCCCAUCCCAGCCUCAGCCUCAACAACAAACUCUCCCACCCGACAGCGUUGACAUGGAAUGGUUACGAAACAGUGACCUCCGCGUCCUUUCUGAUGACCUUAGUGAAGGAUUGUAUCAACAGCAAGCCACCUUUGAUACCACCCCACCGCUUCCUAGUCUCGCAGACAUAGAGCCUUGGUGGGACUCGCCCAAUGCCGCGUUUGGGAGGUCCUCGUUUGAUGGAACUUAAUGACUGGAUUUCGUCUUACCUUUCUGUUACGAAUUUUAUAGAUAGCGGUGCUUUUGUCACAUCUCUCGAUUUUCGAUCGAAGAGUACGUACGAUAGGCCACGUUACGUCAUUUGGGGACGGACGACAUGGCACCGGUUUUAAUGCGAUGAAUUCCUUGCUAUAUGUUUUAUCUUAUGUUGAGCUACUAUC